CGGAACAUUCAUGAAGGUGUUAAAAUCCCGGAAGAAGAAUACAAGUACAGAGCUGACUAUUGAACCAGAAAGAGAAUAUUCCGACAAAAAUGAUGUUAGCUACUCAGGACUCAUGAAUGAGCAGCCAGAAAUUACUGAUGGGAGUGACAUUUUUACUGCACUAAGCAACAUAUUGGCCUAUUUCAAACAGGGACAUAUAGAAGAUAUACAGUCAACAGAGUUACCAUUCAUUAAACUGCUUUUCUCAAGUGUGCAAAAUGGAGAUACCUCCAGAAAUGAUAUAAAAGUCAAAACAGAGAUUCCCCCAAUUAUACAGCCAUCAUUCUCCUCUGUUUACAAAAGGAAACUAAAGACUCAUAGUUUAGAAAAUCUGUUAGGUACAGGAAGGCGGAGAAAAUAUAAUAAAAUUAAAAAGAAAGAGAAAGCAUCACUGUUCCUGCAACCUAGUCUUUUAGGUCCCAAAUUUAAUCGUCAAAUCUUGCCCCCGAAAGUGCAAAGUAUUGAACCACAGGAAAGCAUCUGGGAAGAAAUGGAGAGCGCAGAGGAGAGACUGCCAAGGCUCAACAGAGCCCUAGAGGGACCAAAAAGCACACAGAAAAGGCACUCCAAAAAAGUGAGUAAACACAACAGCUGGAGGAAACAGAGUGCCCAGCACCUUGUGGAAAAUACUGGUAAAAAAAGAAGGCUUCGGAGACCUCCAACACAGGCGCUGGCGCUGCUUCACGGGGCUCAGGAGCCCAAGAAAUUGGUGGGAAAUUCCUUGCACACAGAGCCCUCAUUCAUAAAGAAACAUAAGGCAGUAGCCUCUUCUUUCCAGAAACAAGACUCAGUGGGCAGGACUUCCUUAUCCAUCCCUGUAAGAAUCCUACAAGAGGCCAGAAAUAAAGACAAUGACUUAGCCUACAGUAUGCUUGUUUUAGAAGAGGCCAAUUCUAAAGUAAAAAGUAUGGAGGCUUCUAAUCCAGUCAUCUAUUCCCAGAAAAAUCACCACUUUCAUAAGACUGGCUCUCCUGUGGCCCACAGAAUAUCCAAGGCCAAACUGAGUCGAAUACUCAGAAAGAAAACUUCACAUGUUAGACCAAUGCUGGCAAACAGGCCUCCAUUUUCUGCAGUAAGGAGCCUCAUAGAUUCCCCUUCAGGAAGGGACUUUUCUUCUUUGGGAGAGUUGAGGUCUCAAGAGAACCCUGUUCCAGAAUUCUAUGCUUUUUCAAACCCUUCUAUAGACAAAACACCUACACAACACCAUAUUGUAACAAAUGCGUUGAUAGGAAAUAUACCUGCACAAAAUGCCCCUGUACCAGAAGGAAGCCUCCCUAAAAACACAAUUCAGGAAAAUGCUGCUGCACCAGAAUUCAACGAAACUGCAUUCAACUUAAUGUUGCCAGUAGGAAGCAAGGAGGCACUAUGGGAAUACCUCAACUCCAACUCCGGUACUGACUCACCUGUCAAGGACACAAUCUCCCAUUCCCAAUUUCCAUCCUUUGCUGACCAUUUUGAAAUGCAGUUAAACCAGCAGCUGACACCCCUUAUUCCCAAUAAAGAGGUGAGAAAGCUCCUGUCACAUGUUAUCCGGACAUUGAAGAUUGACUGUUCAGAGACUGACGUGAAGAUGGCCUGUUCUAAGCUCAUCUCCAAAACAGGCCUGCUGAUGAAGCUUCUCAAUGAACAGCAAGAAAUCAAGGUGUCAAGAGCUGACUGGGAUACAGACCAUUGGAAAACCGAUAACUACAUCAAUGAGAGCACUGAAGUUCAAGGUGAACGGAAGGAGUCAAGUGAGCUAACACAAGAAGUCCCAGGAUAUGGCUAUAACAACAAAAUCAUCUUGGCAAUAUCUGUGACUGUAGUAGUAAUGGUUUUGAUUAUUAUUUUCUGUCUCAUUGAGAUUUAUUCCCACAGAACAUCAGCAGAAGAAAGUGAAGAGUCCUCAAGGAGCUUUUUUGGAUUUCGUCGAAGGAAAUGCUCAUCAGAUACUAUAAGCCAGGAGGGCUUCUUCUCCUUAAUGCAACCAAUUUGGCUGAGGGAUAUGUACAGACCUCUCAAUGCCACACGCAAGAAAAACAUGGUCCAGAAGUUACAUGACAAGGACUCUUCUGAUGAGGAAGAGAUUUUCCAUAAGAAGCAAAAAACGAAGCCCAGUGAAGUCAAAAUAGACAUUCCACCACCAUCAGCACUACCACCACCUCCUGGAAGUGAGACCGCCGAUCCUGGGUGUUGUGGCAACUUUCCUGCCUCAUAACUCUGAUACUUUUAUACUCAGCCUGUCAGCAUUGCUUAUUACAUACCUAUUUUGCUAAUAUAUGUUAAUAUUUUAUAUACAAUUUCCAGAUUAAAUUGUGUAUAAUUCAUAACCAUUUCCAUGUGUGGUGCUAACAUAUAUUUGUACAGACAGGAGAGACACAGGCAGGAAGGGCAGGAGGGUGGCUGGUGUUGCAUUGUGGCAGUCGUGCUUUCAGAAGGUGUAAGUGGCUUCCAAAGGUGGCAUCCUGCCCCAUUCCCCCAGUAUGAUCGGCUUCUGGGGAACCGGAAAUCAUACCUUGAAUGUCUGGAACAUGAGGUUACAAGGAAAGAAGAAAUAAAUAUGGAGGCACACCUUACUCUUUUAGGCCCUAAAUCUUUAUGCAAAUCCUGCACACACCCCCUCCCCCCCAAUGACAGUGUGUUCUGCCACAGGAGAAAAUCCAGGCAGAGAUGGAGAGUAUAAAGGAUGUAGAGGGUCAACAUAGUCCUCAAGGGUCCAAAAAGCAUGCAGAAAGGCACUUCAAGGAAGUGUGCAAGUAGAAUACCUAGAGGAAACACAGUAGCCAGAUCUUAUUUAAAAAAAAAGAAGAAGAAAAAGGGUUUAGGAGUCUACCUCUAAGGGAGCUGGAGCCCAGGAAAUUGGUGGAAAACUCCUUGCAUAGCAACUAAAGCCAGCAG